AGCACUAGCUUGUGGUGCUCGUUAAUCCUCACAUUUGCCAUAUAUUUUGUGCCUUUGGUAUCCAUUUCUACACAUCCAUUUGGUACAUUUUGAAAGCUAAAGAAGAUAAUGGAAACUUGCUUUCUCUCCUCAAAUUCCUUCACUAAGACAACAGAAAUUUUUCCCUCCACCAAAGCUAGACUACUCUCCUAUCCCAAGAGAGCUUCUACUCAGUUUCAGUUCAGAAGAGUUGGUCUCUCUUCCUCCGUAACUUGUUGCCAUUUGUCUUCAUCAUCUUCCUCACCAGCUGGUGAUGACAGCCAGCCAUAUCUUGAAUCUGAUUGGAGGUCAUUUAGAGCAAGACUAGUUGCCAAUGAGCAAGCAUUUAGACCCAAUGAGGCCUCUUCAAUGGUGGAUCAAGAUACUGUAGUAGAAUUGGAUCAUCCAAUGCAAGUCACAGCUGGGGAUAAAUGGGCCCAUCCAAUCCAUGAGCCUGAAAAGGGUUGUCUACUAAUUGCCACAGAAAAGCUCGAUGGGGUCCACAUUUUCGAACGAACGGUGAUCCUCCUAUUAUCGGUUGGGCCUGUGGGUCCAUAUGGGAUCAUACUCAAUCGACCGUCGCUUAUGUCGAUCAAAGAGAUGAGAUCAACGGUUCUAGAUGCGGCCGGGAUGUUUUCAGCUAAGCCCUUAUAUUUCGGUGGGCCAUUGGAGGAAGGGUUAUUUUUAGUGAGCCCAAAAAGGGGUUAUGAUAGUGAUAAGGUAGCCAAAAGUGGGGUUUUUGAAGAAGUAAUGAAGGGAAUGUAUUAUGGUACCAAAGAGAGUGCAGGUUGUGCAGCUGAAAUGGUGAAGAGAAAUGUAGUUGGUAUUGGGGAUUUUAGGUUCUUCGAUGGGUAUUGUGGAUGGGAGAAAGAGCAAUUAAGAGAAGAAAUAAGUGCUGGCUACUGGACAGUAGCAGCUUGUAGCCCAAGUGUAAUUGGGCUGCAUAGUGUAGGCACUUGCGGGCUGUGGGAGGAGAUAAUUGGGCUCAUGGGCCCAAAAAAGGUAUCGUGAAAUUUAGACUUUCAUUAUUAAAUUGAUAGGCAAUUAAGUUGCUAUGUUUAGGUUAGAGCAUAAAUAGGGCAAGAAGGACAAGUUUGUAAAUUGCGUUAUUGCUUUAUCUAGAUAUCACUCUCGAUCUACGCGUAAAAACACAUAUGUAAAAGAAAAAAAAAAAAAAUCAAAAGACUAUGGAAUUUGUAGAUCGAUUUAUAAAUGCCAAUGUGAUUCUAAUUUCUUUAAUUAUAAUUGGAAAAAAAAAAAGAAUCUAGUUGUCAAUUUUAUAAAA